GGGCCGGGCUGGGCCGGUCGGGGGGUGGCGCGCGACUGCUCCGGGCGGCGAUGGCGGCGGACGGGGACUGGCAGGAUUUCUAUGAGUUCCAGGAGCCGGCCCGGAGCCUCCUGGACCAGGAGAACUGUAACGCGAGCCCCGAGGCCGGGGCGGGGGCGGGGGCGGGGGCCGGGGCGGGCGGGGGCGCCGACGGUUUCCCGGCCCUGGCCUGCAGCUUGGAGGAGAAGCUGAGCCUGUGCUUCCGCCCCUCGGAUCCGGGCGCCGAGCCCCCGAGGGCGGCCGUGCGGCCCAUCACGGAGUGCAGCCUCCUGCAGGGGGACGAGAUUUGGAAUGCCCUGACGGAUAAUUAUGGGAAUGUGAUGCCUGUAGACUGGAAGUCAUCGCAUACUAGGACCUUGCACUUGCUUACUCUGAACCUCUCAGAAAAAGGGGUAAGUGACAGUUUGCUCUUUGAUACGUCAGAUGAUGAAGAGCUGAGAGAGCAGCUGGAUAUGCACUCAAUCAUCGUCUCCUGUGUUAGUGAUGAGCCCCUCUUCACGGCAGACCAGGUUAUUGAAGAAAUUGAAGAAAUGAUGCAGGAAUCACCGGACCCAGAAGAUGAUGAAACCCCUACGCAGUCAGAUCGACUUUCAAUGCUUUCCCAGGAAAUUCAAACUCUUAAGAGGUCUAGUACCAGCAGUUAUGAAGAGAGUAAGGGAGCCUGCUUAAAUCAAUGA